GACCGCAAGAGCAAGAGCUAGCUAGCUAAACUGCAGGUCGAUCGAUCGAUGAUAAUGGCGAGGCGCGGCAGCAGCAGCAGCCUGGUGGUGGUGGUGGUGGCGGCCCUGGCGGCGCUCCUGGUGUGCGUGGCCUCGGCGGCAGGAGGGAAGCCGUUGAAGCCAGCAGCAGCAGCAGCAGGGCGGCGUCCCCUUCCCCCGCGCAACUCCAAGUUCGUGACCCUGACCCCCAAGACGUUCGGGCACAAGCGCAACUACCAGGUGUCCUGCUCCGACGAGGGCGGCCCGGCAUGCUAUGUCGGAUGCCCAAAGGAAUGCCCCAACAAGUGCCUCGUAUUCUGCGCAUACUGCCUCAGCUUCUGCAUGUGCGACAUCUUCCCCGGCACCUCCUGCGGCGACCCUCGCUUCACCGGCGGCGACGGCAACACCUUCUACUUUCACGGCAAAAAGGACCACGACUUCUGCAUCCUCUCCGACGCCGACCUCCACAUCAACGCCCACUUCAUCGGCAACCACAACCCCGAGCUGAAGCGCGACUUCACCUGGGUGCAGGCCCUGGGCGUCACCUUCGGCGCCGGCCACCGCCUCUACGUCGGCGCCCGCAGGGCCGUCGAGUGGGACGAGGACGAGGACCACAUCCAGAUCACCUUGGACGCCGAGCCCGUCGACAUCGACACCGUCAGGAACGAGCGCUGGGUGUCGGAGGCCCUGCCCGGCCUCUCCGUCACGCGCAUGGACGCCGUCAACACCGUCAUGGUGGAGCUCGCCGGCGUCUUCAGCAUCUCCGCCAACGCCGUGCCCAUCACCGACAAGGACAACCGGAUCCACAAGUACGGCAGGACGGAGGGCGACAGCCUGGUGCACCUGGACCUGGGCUUCCAGUUCCACAACCUCACCAAGGACGUCGACGGCGUGCUCGGGCAGACCUACCGCCCUGGCUACGCCAGCAAGUUGGACAUCAGGGCCAAGAUGCCCAUCAUGGGCGGCGCACCCAAGUACCUCUCCAAGGCUGGUCUCUUCCACACGGACUGCGCCGUCUCCAGGUUCCACCGCAACGCCGGCGCCGGGGUAUUCGCCUCCUAAUAAUAUAAUAAAUUAAGUUAAAUUAAUUAUUAACACGUAAGUAUAUAUAUAUAUAUACACACAUACAUACAUACACACGGGGCCGCUCAUCCGAUCGAGCCACAGGGAAUAAUAAUACUUUCCUUUUUUC